UUUUCAACAUGGCGCUUAUGUAUGUUUUGGAAAGUUGUUAAAAUUUAGAAUUUGUAAUCUUAACACUGUCACUGUCAUCCUGAGACUUUAUAUGGUGACAGGAGCACCACCAACUACGCUGGCCAGUAUGGCAAGGUGAAGCCCUGGACCAAAGCCAGCAUCAUGUCCAGGCUAAUCAGCAUGCGGGUCAAGAAGCUCCACUUUAUCCUGCUCUUUGGUUUGGUCUUCCUGCUGUGGAACUUCAUCACCUACUACACAAUCAGCAGCAAGCCUCUGUCUUUGACAGCAGACAAGGAGAAGGACCUGACAGAGAAGCUGCUGGCGCUGGAGGUUGAGAUGGCCAAACAGUUAGCAGACAACAGGCUGCUGCUAGAAGGCUUGAAGCAGCUGAAGGAGAACCAAGCCAAGUCCCGUGGUGGCAUAGCUCAUGAUGUCCUUGACCCCCUGGCUGCUAGCCCAGAGGACCACAUACCCAGUGGCAGCAAAGACGGCAUCCUGCCUAUACUCAUGAUAGCCUGCGAUAGGGUCACAGUCAAUAGAGCAUUGGAUCAGCUGCUUAAAUAUCGGCCGUCGGCUCAAAGGUUCCCCAUCAUAGUUAGUCAAGACUGUGGUCACGAUCCCACAGCCAAGGUUAUAGAGCAGUAUGUCUCAAAAUACAACAUCACACAUAUAAAGCAACCUGACCUAAGAGACAUCUCUGUGAUCCCAACCCACAAGAAGUUUGUUGGCUACUACAAGAUAGCACGCCAUUACAAGUGGGCCCUUAACCAGAUCUUCUACACUUUCAACUUUUCUGCUGUUGUCAUUGUAGAAGACGACCUGGAUGUCUCGCCAGAUUUCUAUGAAUAUUUUUCUGCCACUUAUCCCAUCCUGCAGCGAGACCCAAUGUUGUGGUGUGUGUCUGCCUGGAAUGACAACGGGAAAGAUGGAAUGGUCUCAGGGGAGGCAGAUCUAUUGUACAGAACAGACUUUUUCCCUGGCCUAGGCUGGAUGAUAGAAAGAAAACUUUGGUUAGAGCUUAGCCCCAAGUGGCCAGAUACAUUUUGGGAUGAUUGGAUGCGACAUCCAGAGCAGAGGAAGGGGAGAGAGUGUAUACGACCGGAGAUCUGUAGGACUAGUACGUUUGGGAAGAAAGGUGUGAGCAAGGGACUCUACUAUGAUAAGCAUUUAAAGUUUAUCAAGCUCAAUUCAGAGUUUGUUCCGUUUACUAAAAUGGACUUGUCAUAUUUACAAAAGGAAAAAUAUGAUGAAAUAUUUACCAAAAAAGUGUACAGUGCUCCAGUAUUGACAGGCGCUGAGGUUAGGAAUGGGGAGAGGUCCAGUGAUACAGUGGUCAGGGUGGAGUAUACUAACAAGGAGAGCUUCAAGGGAUUGGCCAAAGCUUUGGGCAUUAUGGAUGACUUUAAGGCUGGUGUACCAAGAGCGGCCUAUAGAGGCGUGGUCAGUUUCAUGCUGAGGGACAGAAGAAUUUUCCUGGCUCCUCCCCAAGACUGGAAAGGCUAUGAUACAAGCUGGAGCUGACCCUCCCCCCUUUGCCUGAUUGGUGGACUGUAUGACAUUGAUUUGUGUGGCUGCUGGGUGAAACUGAAUCAACUUUGGAGAACCAUGCUGACAGUUAUGGCAAUGCCCCUCCUCCUGCUAGCUGGAACUUUGAUGAUUGGUGGACUGUGUGACAUUGAUUUGUGUAGUUUUCUUGUAAGAGACUAAAUCAACUUUGGAGAACCAUGCUGACAGUUAUGGCGAUGCCCCUCCUGCUAGCUGGAACUUUGAACUAUGUGACAUAGAUUUGUGUACUUUUCUUGUAAGAGACUAAAUCAAACUUGAGAGCCAUGUUAACAGUUGAGGACACCCUGUAUCUUAACUGUACCUGCAUGUUACAAGAAAUGUUGACUGUCUGGUAUCUGCAAGCAUCUGUCUCAGUUGGACUGUUAACAUCCAUCUCUAUGUCAUCUUGUACUACCUUAUUAUUGCAUGUUUUAUUCUUACUUUACAUUCUAAAGGGUAAAAUAUUAUGAUUCAGUUACCAAAACUGUUUAUUGCAAAUGAUACCUUAUUCUUUCACUACUUUGAAUGCUGACAUAAAACUAGUUGAGCUAGACCUAAAUGUGUAAACUGUUUCGAUCUUUAUUUCUAAUCUCUUUUCGUACUUAUUUCAAUUCAGAAAUUUGAUUUUUAAAUAUUUUCUUUAAUUUUAAUCCUAAAUACUUACUUGAAAAACUGUCUAAGCAAGGGAGGCUACUAUUUCUACUAAUGUUUUUAAAACUGAACACCUACUGAGUGGAUCAAAACUUACACAGAUCAAUACUGGAGGUAUUAGUUAUUGUAUGGAAGGCAAGUCAUUAUCUAAUUAUAUGAUCCUAUUAUACCUGCCAUUUUAUUUUGUGGACAUGAACUACAGAUACUGCAAGUGUUGUAUGUUU